AUAUUUUUAAAAUUCUUUUUUUCUUAUUUCACUUUAGUAUUGCACAUCAAUGCGAAGAAUACUGCAAGGUGUUAGUGUAAUUAUGGCAACAUUUAGUGAUUUAUAUCAGAGCUCUGGUAGUCCUGUCUCUAGGGCUGUUUUGGCUGUAAUUCAUGGUGUAAAGUAUAUAAUUAAUCCUGAAUUAAGAGCUCAACAGAUAGUAGAUGUUGCACAGAAUUCAUCAGUUGAGUUUCUGAAAGCUUUCUGGAGUCUUAGUGAAACUCCUUUCAUGAAGAAGUUACCUGCUUGGGUAUGUCCAAAAUUGGAAGUGAGAGAGGAUAUUUUUAUUCCUUCUGAACCUGUAACUUUAAUACAUACUGAAACAAACGAAUAUGUUGUAAUAUCACCCCCUUCAUCUCAUAUUGCCCCUGCACCCAUUCGCUGUCUUCUUUUGUCUGCUGUACAUCGUGAGGGUCAAGUUGUGAAUAAAAAUGGAAGAAAAAAAAAUUCAAAGCCUAGGUCUCGGAGCUUGUUAUUUCAUUGUCAUGGAGGUGGUUUUAUUUCUCAAACUCCUGAGUCGCAUGAAAUAUAUCUGAGAAACUGGGCACAUGAUUUGAAUGUUCCCAUUUUAUCUGUUGAUUAUACCCUUUCACCUCAAGCUCCAUUUCCCAGAGCUUUGGAAGAAGUUCUUUUGGCAUAUGCAUGGGCACUAAAUAAUGCUGAUAAAUUAGGUUGGACAGGGGAAAACAUAUGCUUUGCUGGAGAUAGUGCUGGGGGUAAUAUAUUGAUGGGAAUAGUACUAAAAUGUAUUUCCUUGAAAAUUCGUCAACCUGAUGCUGUGCUGUGUGCAUAUACACCUCUGAUCCUUGAUAUGAUGCCUUCCCCAUCACGUUUGUUAUGCUGGAUCGAUCCUUUACUACCUCUAGGUUUUAUGAUUAGCUGUUUAGAUGCAUAUGCUGGAGCAAUGCAGACUGACGGAGAUGAAUAUGAGGAAGAACCAAAUCAUGGAGCUUCAGGAACUAGGUCAAGAAAAAUAUCCUCUAUAAGUGAAAUAUUUGAUUCAAGUGUAAUGUUUCUAAAGCAGUAUGAAUGGACAGAAGUUGAAGCAAAUGAGCCAUCAGAUGUUGAUUUAGAUGUUUCAGCAUUUGGCUAUGAAAAAGAGACUUUAAAUAAGCCUGACAAAAAUGAUUAUAUCCAUGAUUUCCUCAAAGAAUGCUGUUCUAGUAUUGUAAAUAUUUCUUCUGAAGAUGAUGAGGACCAUAUGGAACAUGAUGUGUUCAACUUACCAAAUGACAUAAUGUUUGAUAUUAAAGAAAAGUUUUGUGCUGUUGCACAUUCUGCUAUUAACAAAUUAUCCCAGGCUUUUAUUUCAACAUCACUUUAUCAAAAAGUGAUUUCUCCAUUUAUACCACUUAAAAUAUUUCCACAUCAAGUGUUGCAUAGCCCAUUCAGAAGUUCUUCAAAGUCAUCUAUUCUUCAGAAAAUAAGAAAAUUGAAAAUUGUGUCAAGAAAUCCAUUCAUGUCUCCUCUUUUGGCAUCAGAAGAAUUUUUGAAGCAAAUGCCACCAAUUUACUUUGUGGUAAGUAUUUUAUAUUAUUUUUGUUGUUGGAAAGAAAGCAAUGUGCAAAACUGUGUCAUCUUAAAUUUAAUUUUGCAGUGUUUUAUCGCAACUAGAAUUAAACAUUUCUUUACUAUUCAUUUGCCUCAUAUUCUCAUAUAAAUAAAAUCUGUGUUG